AACAUUUCAACCUUGUAUAAUAUAAGUUUCUCAGUUCGAGAUUCUAUAUCAUAACAAUUACAACUAUAACAGCACAUAACUCACAUCAUGGCCGCCCCCUCAGUCCUCUUACGCCGGACUCUCCGCCCUCUCUCGAACAUCAAACCCCAAUCCCUCGCUCCGCUCAUAGCCUCCCGCAACGCCUCCUCCAAACACCCCAAAGGCUUCGUUGCCCCGACCCCCUCAGACCUCGCCGAGCUGCGCGAACGAGUCCAAGAAUUCACACGCCGCGAGAUCCCCGAAGAAGUCGCCGCCCACACCGACAAAUCCAAUGAGUUCCCCGCGACAAUGUGGAAGAAGCUCGGCGACGCAGGCCUCCUCGGCAUCACAGUCGACGAGGACGUCGGCGGUCUCGCAAUGGGCUACCAAGCCCACGCCAUCGUGAUGGAAGAGCUCUCCCGCGCCUCUGGCAGCAUUGCCCUCUCCUACGCCGCACACUCCCAGCUCUGCGUCAACCAACUCCAGCUCAACGGCUCGCCCGCGCAGAAGGAGAAGUACCUCCCCGGCCUGAUCGCAGGCGACAAAGUCGGCGCGCUCGCCAUGUCCGAGAGCGGCGCCGGUAGCGACGUCGUCGGCAUGCGCACGACGGCCAAGAAAGUCGAUGGCGGCUAUGAACUGAACGGCACCAAGAUGUGGAUCACCAACGGCCCCGACGCGGACUACAUCGUCGUGUACGCGAAGACCGAGCCCGAGGCCGGCUCCAAGGGUAUCACAGCCUUCAUCGUCGAGACGGCCUCCUCGCCCGGCUUCGCCGUCUCGCGCAAGCUCGACAAGAUGGGCAUGCGCGGCAGCAACACCGGCGAGCUGGUAUUCGACUCAGUCUUCGUUCCCGAGGCGCAGAUCCUGGGCUCCAUCAACCGCGGCGUCAAGGUGCUGAUGGAGGGCCUUGAUAUCGAGCGACUCGUGCUGUCGGCGGGUCCGCUGGGCCUGAUGCAGGCGGCGCUCGACGUGACGCUGCCGUUCACGCACCAGCGCAAGCAGUUCGGCGUGCCGAUCGCGCACAACCAGCUCGUGCAGGGCAAGCUGGCGGAUAUGUACACGAAGCUGCAGGCGAGCAGGGCGUAUACGUAUGAGACUGCGCGGAGGGUGGAUGAGGUGGGGGAGAUCCGCACGCAGGAUUGUGCGGGGGCUAUUCUGUAUGCGGCGGAGCGCGCGACGGAGUGUGCGCUCGAUGCGAUACAGUUGUUGGGCGGGAUGGGGUAUGUGGAGGAGAUGCCGGUGAGCAGGAUUUUGAGAGAUGCGAAGCUUUAUGAGAUUGGAGCGGGGACCUCGGAGAUCAGGAGGAUGGUUAUUGGGAGGGCUUUUAAUAAGGAGUAUGCUGGGCAGGGGCUAUAAGGUCAUGGUUGGCGGGGAAUGGACGGCGCAGGUGGCUCUGAGUAGGAGGUAUUGGAAACCCAACAGCAUCAUUACACGGUAUGGGGUCAUAUGAAAGGAAGUGUGAUUCUAUAUAGAACCAUCAGGGGAAUGAGUGGCCUAUGGCGUCAAGUUACCGACGAAGGCAUUGCAACAGUUAGCGAAGCGCAUUGUCAUCAUGAACGGUCAUU